CAUUCGUAUGUCUCGGCAUUGUGGGAUAGCAUCAGGAGGUCAGCGACGCUCCGGGUCAAUUCCGCUUUACCCAAACACUUUCUUUGGAUAUUAACGGAUUUUACGGAUUACAGCGAUGCGGGGAGAUGAAACUGAUUCGGAGUCGGUUAAAUCGGACGAUGGCUCGAUACGGAGGAAUCUCGAUGCGCUUUGUCAAGAGCUCAAUAUGGACGAGGAGACGGCAGCCGAAGCGCUCCAGAACUUCAGCUCCAUCUGGAACACGUACACGCUAGAGGGUGAUGUCGCGCACUGGCUGGCCUGUUCUCUGUAUGUUGCCUGUAGGAAGGGCUCUAUCCCUACAGUGGGACGGGGCGUGAUGGAGGGCAACUGUGUUUCCCUUACCAGGAUCCUGCGCUCAGCCAAGCUCAGUCUGAUCCAGUUCUUCAGCAAGAUGAAGAAAUGGUCGGACAUGUCGAACCUCUCUCAGGAUUUCCGCAGCCGCAUAGGUCGACUAGAGCGCAAUUUCGAAGUGUCGACAGUGAUUUUCCGAAAAUUUGAGCCAAUAUUUCUGGACAUGUUUCAGAAUCCUCAGGGCGAACCUCCUCGCCUGCCUAGAAGCCGCAAACACCGGCGUCUUCCAUGCCACGUCAGUGACGUCUUCAAGUUCUGUUGGACUCUCUUUGUGUAUACAAAAGGUAAUUUCCGCAUGAUUGGAGAUGACCUGGUAAACUCCUAUCACCUCCUGCUCUGCUGUCUGGACCUGGUGUUUUGCAACGCUCUCAUGUGCUCCAAUAGGAAAGAUCUCAUCAAUCAACACUUCAGAGGACUGCCAAAGGACACAGAAAACUUGGAGGAGAUGCCCUGUGUCAUUGACAAGUUGUGUGAACUGCAUGAUGGUUUGGUGGUGGAGGCCAAAGGCAUAAAGGAGCACUACUUCAAACCCUACAUAAAGACACUGUUUGAGAAAAAAAUAUUAAAAGGUGAUGUUGACACUCUGACUGAAUUACUGGACACCCCAAAUUUCCAAGACAACAAUAAAGCCGUAAAUCGUGAGUAUGAGGAAUAUGUUUUGACUGUGGGGGAUUUUGACGAGCGAGUGUUUUUGGGGGCCGAUGCAGAUGAGGAGAUCGGCACACCUCGCAAAUCCACUGCUGAUCCUCCUUCAGGUCAGCUAUCUGCCCGCAUGCAGGUGGAGAACAACCUUCAGCAGCACUUUGAAAAGACACGAUCCCUUGCUCCCUCUACUCCUCUAACGGGUCGACGGUAUUUGAAGGAGAAAGAGGUGCUGGUCACCCCCGUUUCCUCAGCCACGCAAAGCGUGAGCCGACUGCAGAGCAUGGUGUCCGGCCUACGAAACGCACCGAGUGAUGCUCUGGUCCAAAUAUUUAAUUCCUGCUCUCGAAAUCCCACUGAAUCCAUUCUGAACCGAGUGAAGACCAUGGGAGAGAUAUUUAAACAGGCCUACACCAAACCCACAGAUGACCUGCCAGGAGCACAUAUGGAUUUCGCAGAGAAUCGUCUGAAGCUGGCAGAGAUCUUGUACUUCAAGAUCCUGGAGAACAUCAUGACUCUGGAGAUGAAGAGAUUACAGGGCAAAGAUAUGUCGGUCCUGUUAGAGCAGGAGGUGCUCCAUUGCUCUCUGUUGGCGUGCUGUCUGGAGGUGGUGCUGUUUGCGUACAGCUCUCAAAGAACUUUCCCAUGGAUAUUGGAAAUCUUACAGAUCCCACCUUUCUACUUUUACAAGGUGAUUGAGGUGUUCAUCCGCUCUGAGGAGGGUUUGUCCCGAGACAUGGUGAAGCAUUUGAACAGUAUCGAGGAGCAGGUGCUGGAAAGCAGAGCCUGGACUAGAGACUCGGCCCUGUGGAACGCGCUUAACAAAUCUAACAAUAAAGUCCCUACUGUGGAAGAGGUAAAUUUUUCCAAUAGUUUUGACACGGGCAACAAUGCAGGCGGUCCCACUCACCUGCCGUUGGUAGCGCUAUCCCCCAUCAUACACCCUCGCAUUAGGGAGGUCCGCACAGGCCUGGGCUCCAGCGCACGCAAAGACGUCCCUCAAUCUCCCCUCUCUCUCCACGAUCGCUACAGCUCUCCAGCGGCUGGCAGCGCUAAGAGGCGCUUGUUUGGUGACGACGCUCCACCACAAUCCCCAGUGAAAAGAAUCUCAGUCACUCCCAUCAAAAUCAUCCCCAACUCCACGGAAAACAACCAGAACACCACCGCCACAACGACUGUCCUCUCCAUGGCAACCAUAAACGGCCAGCAGCUCACUAUUCCACUGCCGAUGAUGAAAAACGAGAUGGGCGGCAUCACAGUCAUCCAACUUCAGGCCAAUGAGAUGAACCCUCUCACUGGCCAUGUCUUACUGACCUCCUCCUCCCCCAGCCGAACCGCAGCUCCACCCGCCAGCUCCGACACACAGCCUGUGGCAACCAGCAAACCCCGCCGCACUGGAUCCCUCGCGCUAUUCUUCAGGAAGGUGUAUCAUUUAGCCAGCGUGCGUCUGCGAGACCUGUGUCUGAAGCUGGAUAUCUCCUCAGAGCUGCGAGGGAAGAUCUGGACGUGUUUCGAGCAUUCUCUGCUGCACUGCACUGACCUGAUGAAGGACCGACACCUGGACCAGCUGCUGCUCUGUGCCAUCUACAUUAUAUCCAAGAUAACGAAAGAAGAGCACACUUUUCAGGACAUUAUGAAAUGCUACCGAACCCAACCUCAGGCCCACAGUCACGUGUACCGCAGUGUUUUACUGAAGAGGCGUCCCAGAGAGCAGCAGGCAGAUGAGAACAUGGAAGUGGAUCCACCAGCAGACCAGUGUAAGAAUGAAGUCGUCGUCCCAGCAGCCAAUGAGAGGAUGGAACAGGCUGACAGCGAAUCAGAGGAUAGAGGGGACCUCAUCCAGUUCUAUAACUCUGUUUAUGUGUUAAAGAUGAAAUCAUUCGCUCUCAAAUAUGCACAUUCUACGCUUGAUAACAAGAUGGAGGCUCCUCCGUUAUCCCCAUUCCCAUCGGUUCGGGCUCAGCCUCUCUCUCCUCGCCGUGUGUCUCAGAGACACUCCAUCUUUGUCUCUCCUCAUAAAAACGGCUCGAGUCUCACCCCCAGUGCCUACACGUACAAGUUCACUGGCAGCCCAUCAAAGGAGCUGAGUGACAUAAACCAGAUGAUCCGUCAGGGUGGGGUGAGCAAGAAGCGGGCGUUCACAAUGGAUGGCGAUGAGACCGAGUCUCCAUCUAAAUGCCUGCGGCAGGAGAACGACGACGUGCUGCUCAAACGCCUGCAGGAUGUGGUCAGUGAGAGAGCGAGUCUCUGACCUCGCCAAGAAAAAGCCAAAAACUCUUCCUAUGUGCUGCUCAACGACUCCAGGAUGUAGAGAGCGAUGCGACAACAAUCAGUCUCUUUUCAGUUCAGAAUCGAGCGCAUUAAUUAUGUCCCAGAACAACAACAAAGCCAAAAGCCAUCACAGCUCAUGUGUCUGGACUGAUUUUUGAUCAACCCCAUGUGGGGUUUACUACACCAUGUUUUCUGAAGAUCAGGGAGAUCAGUACAAACUUAAAUGAUUUGUAUUGAAUCUAAGAAACAUUUAUCACGUUUUUUCACGAUUCGCAUCACCCUUUCAUUAUGAGAUUACUGUAUUACAGAGAUAUUCUGUAGCUUUUGCUUUCUCAAUCAAGUCAUGUGACCAUCGUUUUUGCAGUUGAUGAGUUGGUUUCGAGUAUGUAAAGAAUCUCCCAGUCGUUUAUAUCCCCUCACGUUCUGUAGCAAUAUGAAAAGGAAAAUCAUCACAAUGGAAUUAUUUGAUUAUAUUAGUGAUUUAUUUUUUUUUUAUUAUUCAAAUUAUAUACUGACACAAUGUACGGGCAAUUUAACCUUGCUUUUGUGUGAGAGUGAAUUUGAGUGUGUGUGUGUGGUGAACCAACACAAAGGUCAUUUUAAAGUUUUGCAACCAUCCUGCAAACGCUCUGUGCAGCUCUAUAUUCAGAUGUGUGGUAUCUACACCUCUCCAUUAAUUAUGUAUUAUGCCUUUUAAAGUUCAUUCAUUUUCUCUUAGAACAGUUUUUUGUUUUCUGAAAUGGUCAUGUUUACAGUUCAUUUUAACAUUUAGAUGUUAAAUUUGUUGAUGUGUCGUGUGUGUGGUGUAAAAUAAGCCUCAUUUUUUAACAGUUGCUGUUAUUUGUUUCUGCUCAUGUUUUUCAGUCAAGUAACUUUUAUUGGUCACAUGCCAAACAUGAGUAGUGAAAUGCUUUCCCCCCCCCUUCAAAUCAUGUGACCAGUCUAGUGCUAUAGCAAGCAGUAUCUGUAUUUCUCAGUAUUCACGGUUAAUUUGGUUUUGAAAUUUUAACUCUUGUACAAACCUUGUUUAUUUUAUCCAUUUAUGUUCUUUUGUCGGUGUCCAACACUGUUGAUCUCUUUGCAGUUGGUGCUUUGUAUUGUAGCUUGUGAAUACCCUCCAUAUUUUAAGUUUAGAAAUAAUUCUUCACACUGUUUCACCCCAAAAAACAUGUUUUUUUUUUUUUAGUGACUGUCUGUAAUUUAUCUUUAUUGUAUUUGUUGGUUUGACCAAUCAGCUGUUGGUCUGUUCUACAGUCAGUGCCUUAGCAUGUACAUAAUAAUAAAACAUGUUUUAUCAAUUCUCAAA